GUUGUCGCAACAUGUUGCGCUUACCGUUUCUCCUAGUUUUCCUUGCCCACAUCCCGGCUUACUCGUAUGUCACCGACUCCCCAUCCUUCUCAGAACGGUUGGACAAACUCUAUGAGAAACUAGAAAAUUUAACCCUAACACCUGUGCAACCCGUGUCGCAAUCACCCGAAAAUAAAUUAUACGCCAAAUUGGAACUUCUGAACUCAUUGACACCGGAUCGUGUGGAUAUUAGUGAUGAUGACGAUGAGCUGCUUUCUGCGAUGCAGCAGUGGGGGUUGGUGGAUCCUGGGCAGCUGGAAGUGAUGGUAAAGGAGUUGGAGAAAGUGCGAGAUGAGAAGAGUGAAAAGAUGCUUGAUGGAGAAUAUGCGGAUGGAGAAUGGGUUGAUGGGGAUCUUCAAGACUUGGACUACGCCAAUGACGCGAACGAGGAGUGGGACGACAUUGAGCCAGACAGUUCCACGGUCAAACCACUAAGCCUCGCGAGACCAGACCCCGGGUACCGCGAAGAGGUCAUUUCUGCAGCUGAUGCAAUUGCUGCUACUAAUGAGAGGCCAAGAAUUUUGGAUGAUUCAUCAAUGUCGUUGAAAGAGCAAACGGCGCUGCGGCAAGCAGCGUAUGCGCACAUGCGUAACAUGGUGCGAGCCAGCAAGUGCCUGACGCCGCAGCCGCGAUGGUUGAAUGUCCGGCAACUGGCGCCUGCCGCGGACACUAUGUACAUGCCACCGUGCGUAGAGCUGCACCGCUGUGCACCUGACAGUGGGUGUUGCUAUAAUGAGGAUCAAGUGUGCGCACCGGUUGAAGGCAAAUAUGUCACGCUCUCUUUGUAUCUGACAAAAGCAGAUGGUAACGUCUCUCCAUCUCGAAUGUUGUUCUUCAACCACACGCGCUGCGCAUGCGUCUCUCGCGACACUUUACAAACUACAGUUCGCACCAGGUCCGUGCACAAUUACCGGGUGGAAAGGGUCAACCCUGCUGCGAAAGAGACCGCGAUUGUUUCGUCAACCAGUGCUAGUAAAGAGAAAGAGGAAUGGAGAUCCACGGAGGAACCUAGAUUGGAAAGAGACGAAGAACCUACGUCACCGCCGCAGUUGAGAAGAUGCACCUGUCCCGCCCUGUUCAUCGCGCGCAUAUCCGACGCCGGAGAUUGCUCUUGUGUGUGCAAGUGGCCAGAGCCCCACCGCCGCCGCGACUGCUUGUCGCUGGCCCAAGGCCGCGAGCACUUCGGCCUAAGGGACCGGGUGUGCGUCAACCACGGCGACUGCACGCCGCCCAGCUGCGAGUACGGCAAUUAUGAGAAGAAACUCGGAAGAUGUCCACAGCGGAGGUAAAGGAGAUAUUUUUCAAGAUACAGAAGAAUACGACACCGCAGAACGAGGUACCAGACACAGUCAGUAGGCUGAUCGGUUAUUAAGUCUUUUGUUUCAUAUUUGUUUUACUUAAUAGAUUCGAGAAACCUGUGACGUAUUGCAAAGAAAUCAUUCGCUGGUUUAUAAAUAAUUACCUACACAUGUAAACUUCAAAAUACGAAACAUUGUUUUGGAGUAUCGUUAUGACAUUAAUCGAAUCUUUACUCUGUCAAAUAAAUUGCUGUCAAGUAAUCCCACUUUUCGUCGGGGAUAGAGCCAUUCCGUGUAACUAGCAUUGGAUAAUACCGCGUAUCUGAAACAUGUAGCCAAUUUGAUUUUUGCAUGCUAGUACUCGUAGUUAUAUGAUUGGGACCCGGCUGCUUCUUAACGCCAAUUGCGAUUGACUAACAGAAAGCCAGAAAUUGGUGAAUAACAAUAUGCCUUACCAACACCGCGUAACUUACGCAGUUCGCGGCCAAAUCAUAUUCGCGUAAAUGACGUGGCAAGUAAAUUAACAAGAUUUACGGCAAUCUGUUGUUAGCAGUACGUUGCAAAUAUAAAUUAAUGUUUACUGUGUCAAAACUAAUAGCAAUUGAAAUAACAAAGUAGUAACGUUAAAACCUUCUCUUGUAAAAUUUGGUUUGGCCUUUUACCAAUGCUACUUACGCGGAUUUGUACAAUCCCCGACGUUUUAGAAUGCAUAGAAUGAAAAAAAAAAUUACCGUUAAAUAGAAUGUUGUGUUUAUUUGGCUAAAAUGUUAGAGUAUUAUUAGUUAUUGUAUGUAUUGUGUUUCUAGAUUUCACAUUAUGGUGUGUCUUCGACAUUCAGAGCGUGAUUGUCGAGAUCCUAUUUUUAAUUUCCUUUGAGUUCGGUUAAGUAGGUGCUGUAGGAAUCGUGCCAUAUUGAAAUAAAGCUAUAUUUAAUACCAAUUAGUUUUUAAAAAAGGUACAAUUGUUUAAGUGAUUUGUGCAUUAUUUUUGUAUUAUUUAGUAUGUCUGCUAUUAUGCUGGAUAAAUGUACUACUCGUAUACGUAGAUAUUUUAUGAACUAUUAAUUUUUUAACUCUAUCAUAUCCGUAUGAGUAGCUUAUUAUUAUAAGUUGAUACAGUUAGGUGAACGAUCCUAGUUAUGUAGUUGCGAUAAAUAAUUAACAUGAUCUAUUACGGUACCUCCACGUAUUUAUUUCUUCUGAGAGCUUUAUAGUAAGUAAAUACUUCUAAAGUAGAUGGUAAGUUGCAAUGUUAUCAAUCUGUAUGGGAGAUAGCAAAAUUUUAAAGAUAUUUAAAAUAUACAAUUUUAUAGAAAUAUUGUAUGUGAAAAAAUAACAUAGAUUAUAGAAUAUUUACAGAUUUGCAGGGGGAAAGGAAAAAUUGCAAUGCUAAACAACCCCUAACGGUGUGCGGGUUUUAUUAAACAUUUUACUGAUGUAUGAAAUCAUGUACAACUGCCUACUCCAAUAGACGAUUGGUAUCAAUAAAUUAAAAAAGAAAUUUGAAAUAGUGUGUUGUUUGACGCCAGUGCUUGUCUUGAAACCUGAGCCAGUGAAGGAGCCGAAGAUUGAACCACGAGCGAAGCGAGUCUUUCAUAAAUAAAAUCCAGAGCAUAGCGACAAAGCACGAGACGCAAAACAACUUUGUUGCCGAGCGAAACACAACUUAUCACCUCACUACAGAACAAAUCAGUUUCAAUAAACAAAACUACUUAGUUAUCGUUGUCAAUUUAACGUCAGCAAUAAUAAGAAUAAAAUAUACCAAGGAUUUGUACUCGUAUUGCGUAAAUAAUGUACGACUAAUCGCGUAGUUCAACGAGUUCUUAUGUUUUUUUUUUUCAUCGGAAAAACGCUUUUGGAAGAAAGCCCUUUCGCGCUAGUGAGGUGAAAAUUAUCUUAUUAUAUAUGUAUGCGAUGACAUGAUGUGGAUAUUUUAAUUAGUUUAAUUUAAUCAAUGCAUUUGUGCGACUAUGUGAAUUGAUGACAUUCUAUUGUAGUCGAAUUAUUAAUUUCAAUUCGACUAUUGACUUACAAAUAAAUGGACGACGGGUCUAAUACAAAAACCACGAAAAAAAUGUCCCAUGUCAACCUAUUUAAACGUAGUGACAUGUACAGGA